UCGAUAUCGCAGACCUCCUGCAGAAUGCGCAUGCGUGCGCAUGCGCACUUACUACAUGUAUGCUAUUCUGACAUGUAUGGCUAUCUGACAGAACACCGGAACGUUUCGGAUUCCAGGUUAAAUCAGGAUCUAUGACUAAUUUAAGGAGAAACGUUUGAAACUGGAAAGCAGACAUGAUGACGGUCUGCUAAGAAACCUAAAGUGUGAGGAAGAGGAGCGUGAUGAAGGUCUGACACGACGCGAGCGCCGGGAGAUUGAAGAAUCAUGUCGUGUCACAAAGGAUCACGGAGUCAGAGCUGAGCGGUGGAGGCAGCGUGGUGCUGCGGGGGGAGAUGGUGGCCGGGUUACGCAACGCUGAGAGCUGACGGCGGCGUAGAGCGUUUAGCAUCAUGAAGCGGAAAGUAGGACACGGAGGAAGAGGAGCGGGGAGGAAGAGGAGCAGGGAGGAAGAGGAGCAGGUUUCUGAUGAAGGUCUGAGCGGGAGAAACUGCAGGAAGAAACAUUUAAUCCGAAAAAUAACAACAAUUAUUUAAAACCCGAAGGACUAAAAUGUCAGAAUGAGAUUUUAUGAAAAAGCUUUGUAAUAAUUAGUUUUCAUUAGAGCUGAAGCUCCAACCCAGCAGGACGGCGUCGCCCUCUGGUGGCUCCUGCAGGGGGCGCUGACCUGCGGAGGCCCCACCAGCUUCACGGGGAGAAGAAGGUGAAGGUGGUGCGCCUGUCGGAGCUGAUCUCCGUCCUGAGGCUUCCUCCCAACGCCGAGGCCUGCCACCUGGACAACAUGUCCACGUUUUGUGUGGAGACCGAGGACAGGACCCUGGUGUUCGCCGCCCCCAAAGAUGACUGCGUGGAGUGGGUGGACAAGCUGUGUCACAGCAGCUUCCAGAGGGAGAAAAGUUCUGGAUCCAGUCGGGUCCACAUGGAGGAGAACCAGAUUUAUGCCUCAGCAGACGAAGCCCCUCAGUUCUGGGUGGUGAUUCAGAAGAACGACGCAGCGACGCGAUGCGGCCUGCAGGGGUCGUACUGGCUGCAGUUGGAACAACAGUCGCUGCUGCUGAGAGACACAAAGAAGAAGACGAAGGUGAUGGAGUGGCCCUACGAACUACUGCGGCGAUACGGCCAUGAUAAGGUGUCCCUCACCGUAGAAGCAGGACGGCGCUGUGAAUCCGGUCCUGGAACCUUCUGCUUUGAGACUCAGCAGGCUGACAAGCUCUUCAACCUGAUCCAGAGUAACAUCAAGCGAAACGCUCUACCUGCUGCUUCUGGAUCCCAGAGCCAAGACACGGAGAAAGUGCUUGUCACCAACAUUCAACCUCAUUCCCCUCUACCCAAAAUCCCUGACCUGACCAACAUGGCUGACAUCCUGGAGAACAAGCUGAGGAUGCAGGACCGGAGAUCCCCGGUGUUUGACAACAUGGCAAAGGGUCUGGAUGAUUCGGUUGGUCCGUCAGAAGGUUCUCCUGCUCCGAUCACCUUGAUGCCGCUUCCAUCGAUCCCUACACUGGACGGUCCCUCCGGAGACAAACUCAAGAGCCAAUCCAACGCCAUAUAUGCUGAUCCAAAUGACUGCGGCCCGUUUAUUGUGGUACCCAAACUAGCCACCGCUCAGUACAUCGACCCGGCGAAGGUCCUUCCUCUGAAGCCACCGAUCUCACUGGACCCUGACGCUGCUCUUCCCAACACCUCAGACUCAAAUCCCAACGCGAAGGCCGACGUUCCAGACUCGGUUUACUCAGAGGUUUACGACAAAAUCAGCCCAGACAAGAACAAGCAACCCGUUCUACAGAACGCAACAAAAUCAUCCGAUGAACCCAUUUACUCUGAACCCGUCUCCAGAAAAGAGUCGGACUGCCAGAAGCCUGAACCCAAACCCGACCCGUUCGCACACCUCUACGCUCAGGUCUGCAAAGCACCAACGUCAAGUAGGAACGCGGCGCCUGUCACCACGACAACGACUUCCUCAACCGCGACGGGUUCUUCGACGUCCAGAGAGGAACCUCUGGACGAUGUCAUCUAUGAGAACCUGGGCAUCAUUUAAAUCACCUGGUUCCACCAAACCUGGAAUCUGAAACUCGAGACUUUUUCAGUUUUCUUGGCUUUAUGUAAAUAAACCAGAUUUAUUCUGCUGGGAUGUGAAUAUGUGAGCGACUCGCCAGUCAGGACUUGACCUGCAUUGGAUCCUUUUUAACACAUUAAAUAUUUUCAUUUUAA